AUGUCGCGCAGGCCUGGUGGACCCUACACGUUUCCCGCCGCACCGAGGCCAAGUACAUUCACGUGUUCGCGGACGCCGUGGGCUUCCCCUCCAGGAUCUACAGUGUUGAGGAUGAGGAUAUCUGGCAACGCGCUGUGCGGCGUUCGCGUUUACACCGCCGCGACGCACACCGAGGGCCUCGCGGCCUCUGCGACGUCCUCCCGCGGCGCGCGGGAGCUGGCCCUGCGGAGGGCGGGCGAGGCCGCGCAGCGCGUCCAUGGCAACGCCCUCGCCAACAACGGCGAGGACCAGUGUUGUUUCACGCCGCGGUUCGCCGACACGGAGGAGCUCCAGCUCGACCUGGAGGACGCAGAGGGGUGCGCACAGCACGCCUUCGAACGCCCCGGCAGCAGCGAGGCCUUCGCCGUCUUUGAUUCAGUCGGCGCCGAGGACAUCGCUUGGUGA